CUGUUUUCAGUGUAUUUCAAGAAGGCCCACAAACAAAACAAACGCGAAACGUUUCUUCCUUUCCGGCCGAAAUAUAAAAAAAUGGACAGCAGCGGCAAAAUCUUCCUCAAUGACCUGAUUGCCCGGGCGGAAGCCCUGCUCGCGGCCAUGUCCGCGGAGCUCAACAAAUCCAACCUUCCCCUUCCGGUGAUUGUCCGGAUGAUCAACUCGGUGCACCAGAUCGUGGCCACCUGGGAGGCAAUCCUAGCAGAUAUUCGACCGACGGUUGGCCGAAACGGCGCUGACGGUGAAGAGGAGGAGGAGGAGGAUAGGAAUCCCCUUCUGGACGCGACGCUCCCGACUGCGAACGACUCACGGCAGGAGGGCGUUGGGGAGAUGGAGAAAUCUUCGCCGGUGUUUGAAGCGCCGGAGGUGCCGUUGGAACGAUACGACCUCGGCCAAACCGGAACCGGUCACAUCACGUGCGUUUGCUCGUCCACCUCGGAUGACGAGUUCUACAUGAUUGAUCAGACCGCCAAGGGAUUGCAGCUGGCGGAGGUGCUCAAAACGCUGCAGAAUCUGGACGAACGCCUGGACGUCGUUCCGGAAUCGGCGACGGUGGUUUUCGGGGUGCGGUUCGAGGGAACCAUCAUGAGGGCCAUUCGAAAUAAGGUGGACGGUGAAGGUGAGCCGUGCUUUAUUCAGCUGCUGGACACGGGCGAGAUUGUUCCGCUGGACACGUCCAUGGAGCUGUAUGAAGUGCCACCCUUUUACGCCCGAUUGGCGCCGUUUGCCGUUCCGUGUCGCUUGGAGGGCUUCGAGAAUAGUGCGUUCAAGGCCGGUGAUAAGCGAGCCUUUCUGGGUGCCAGCCUGUACGAGACCAAGUGGUUCCAGGUGGUGCAAGUUGGUCGAUCGCGAUUGAUCGUCCGGCUGGGUCCACCGGGCGAUACCAAGCAGAUUGUCCAGAAAGAGGCAGCGAUGCCGGAACCGAGUUACAAGAUCUCGAUGGACACGCUGAGCCCGGACCAGGUCGAGGAACUUAACGAGGAGCCGCUGAAUACGACCAACGUGAUGAAGGCCGUGUUGGGUUACGUUCCGCAGGACGAUCGGCGAAUCUGUCCGUUCUACGAUCCGGCCAUCGAAGGCUGCUUCAAGGGAUCUGGCUGCCGGCUGGAACAUGUGGCCAAGCUUGAGGAUGGUUGGACCCGGGAUAAAGUGCCGCACAAGAUCAAAAUCCGCGCCGAAAUGGAACAGCCACGUGUAGGAUCGGAAAUGGUCCUCAUCCCGACGUUUGUGGUCAACGUGAAUGAAUUCUACGCGCACAUUUGUCUGCAAAAGCUGAGCGAUUCGUUGAUUGAUAUGCAGAGCAAGCUCAACGAUCCGGAGUACACGCGUGACUUUAAGCUGCUGAACCACGAGCCGCACUUUUGCGAGCUGGUCUUUGCAAAGUACGCCGUCGAUGGCCGCUGGUACCGGGCGGAAGUGGUUGAGUUCUUCUCCCUCGACCGCAUCUCCGUAUUUUACGUCGACUACGGCAAUCGGGACACGUUGAAGAUCGAUCAGCUGCGCUACUGGGACGACCGGUUCGACUAUCUGCCGUUCCAGGCGGUCCAUUGCCGGGUCGCAAACAUCAAACCGCUCAAGCAGAACCACCCGGAAGCGACCGAUCAGUUUCGCCGGGCGGUGCUGGACCGCGGCGUGAAGAUCCACGUGCUCGACAAUCAAACGCCGUGGGAAGUGCUGAUCUACGACGAGGACGGGGAAGAUAUUGGCGAGAUUAUGGUGAUGACCAAGCUGGCCGCACGCCGGCAGCCCCUCGUGAUGGACCACGCGGGCGCGAUUCCGGCUUGAUUUUAUUUCGUGACUUUUCUUUUGUUGACUAAAGUAUAAAUAUUAA